AUGUCAACGAUACAGAAUCUCAAGAACUUCAUCCGUCACGGCAAGCAGGCGCGAGACCAGAACCCAAAGUCACCGCCUGAUCAGCCUGCCGUGUCUAAUGUCCACGCCCAGCGUCACCACAACACACAACACCAUGCCUCACCAAGACAGCAAGAGCAAAGGCAUCAUGACCAAUAUGCCAUGAGUGACCCCAACGUAUACGCCCACCAACCUCUGCAAGCGAAUGCUCCUCAGGGCGACUUCUCGGCCGCCGCUAUCGACAACCGCAACGUCGCCGCUAAGGCUGGUGCCGCCGCUGGUGCAGCUGUCGACAAGCAACAAAAGAAGGAAUCAGCUAGAAAGGAUGUCGACCCCGAAGUGCUGGAGCGCAUCGUUGCAGAGGAGCGUGAGGCCAAGGGCAAGCUUCCCAGAUACCCUGGACUGGAGAGAUGGAACUUGGUCGAGAAGAUGGGCGACGGUGCCUUCAGCAACGUCUACCGUGCCAGAGACAGCCAAGGCGUCUACAACGAGGUUGCCAUCAAGGUUGUGAGGAAGUUUGAGAUGAACUCAACCCAGGUCCAAAUCAUGCGUCAACUUGACCACCCCAACAUCGUCAAGCUUGUCGAGUUCUCGGAGGCUCGUCAAUACUACUACAUCGUCCUUGAGCUCUGCCCUGGUGGCGAGCUUUUCCACCAGAUUGUCCGCCUCACCUACUUCAGCGAGGACUUGUCAAGACACGUCAUCGUCCAGGUCGCCAAGGCUCUCCAAUACAUGCACGAGGAGGCUGGUGUCGUCCACCGUGACAUCAAGCCCGAGAACUUGCUCUUCUACCCUACACCGUUCAUUCCCACCAGAAACCCCAAGCCUAGAGGUCCUGAUGACGAGGACAAGGCCGACGAGGGUGAAUUCAUCAAGGGUGUUGGUUCCGGUGGCAUUGGUCUGAUCAAGGUCGCCGAUUUCGGUCUUUCCAAGGUUAUCUGGGACAGUCAAACCAUGACUCCUUGCGGAACUGUCGGUUACACUGCUCCUGAGAUCGUCAAGGAUGAGCGUUACUCCAAGAGUGUCGACAUGUGGGCUCUCGGCUGCGUCCUCUACACUCUUCUUUGCGGUUUCCCUCCGUUCUACGAUGAGAGCAUCCAAGUCCUUACUGAGAAGGUCGCCAAGGGCCAGUACACUUUCCUGUCACCUUGGUGGGAUGACAUUUCCAAGUCUGCUCAGGAUCUUCGUUACGAUAUCAACCAGUUCCUUGAGCACCCCUGGAUUCGUGAGUCCAACGAAGAAACCAACGCUGCUGCUGAUGCUCCUCCUCUUGCCACUCCUCUGUACCGUCAACCACACUCUGCCGACAUGGAUUCCAAGACUCCUUUGCAACAAAACUUCGAUCACCUUCUCGAGACUCCUGGCGCCGGAAAGCGCAUGGACUUCCGUUCGCCUGGUGCUGUCAACUUGCGCGAGGUCUUUGAUGUUUCAUAUGCCGUCCAUCGUCAGGAAGAGGAGGGCAAGCGUCGCAAGAACUUCAAGCAGGGAUACCGUGGUGCCAACGGCCUCAACUCGCUCAACGCACUCGACGAGGAUGAUGAUGACGAGUACGGUCAAUCACAGCCCUACGACGCCACAUCAGCAAACCCUCCUGCUAAGGUUCCCAAGGCUGGCGCACCCGACGUUACUGGCGUCGAGCGUCAAAUGCGCAACACCUCAUUGUCAGCUGCCGCUCAAGCUCGCCAGCGUGAGGCCCCUCGCUCGCAACCGCAGGAGAAGGGCUAUGGUCAGCACAGUGCCGCUGUUGCAGCUGCAGCCAAGCGCCAGGUCAAGAACCGCGGCGCUUUCGAGUUGAGUCUGGACAACGCCACACUACUGGGUCGUCGCAAGAAGCCUGAGCCCAGCAAGAUGAGAGAACAGCUUACUGUCCAGUAG